AUCCUAAUUCUUAAAUCACAAAAUCAUUUCACUGUCAUUUUCCACCUAAAAUGACACCGUUUUAACCCAACACCCAUUCUCACUCCUCACGCGCCAAACCUCACCUCCUUUCUUCUUCCUCCUCCUCUUAUCCUCCAUUUAUUUAAUUAAUUUAUUAUUUUGUGAAAAUAAAAAAGCAAGUGGACUUCUCACUGUACCCAAAAGCUACUAACUUUGAGAUAGAGAGAGAGAAAAAAAAAACAGAGCACCAAAGUAUGCAAGACACAGCUGGCGGCGGAGGUGGUGGAGGAGGAAACGAGUUGACUCGGGCGAGUGGACUCGCUCGAUUCCGUUCAGCACCAGCAACAUGGUUAGAUGCACUUCUAGAAGAUGAUGAUUCGUUGAAACUUUCAGGCCCACAUAAUACCCACCAAGGUGGGCUCACCCAACUCCUCACCGCCGGAACUAAUACUUCUUCAGCUGCUGGGCCCGGCCCAAUUCCGGUGUCUCGGCCCAAUACUUCCUACAACAUCUCGCCGGCUGAUCCGGGGUUCUUUGAAGGUGGUGGGGCCCAACCGCCGGGGAAUACGGUGGCGUUUCAGAGGAUGAAUAGUUCUCCGGCGGAGUUCUUGAGUGCGAAUAUUGAUGGGUAUUUCUCGAGUUUUGGGAUUCCUUCAAACUAUGAUUUUGGUGGUAGUGGAGGUGGAGGUGGAGGAUCAUCUGUUGAUGUUUCAGGUUCUGGUAAAAGAUUGAGAGAGAAUGAUUCAGAGCAACACUCCCCUAAUUUCUCAUCUCAUAGGAGAGGGGAGCAAAGUGGGCAAUUGAGUACAGCAAGUAGCUUGGUGGAGAUGGAAAUGGAGAAGCUGUUGGAGGAUUCAGUACCUUGUAGGGUUCGGGCGAAACGGGGUUGUGCUACCCAUCCUCGUAGUAUUGCUGAGAGGGUUCGAAGGACGAGGAUUAGUGAUCGUAUAAGGAAGCUUCAAGAGCUUGUGCCCAACAUGGAUAAGCAAACAAAUACUGCAGACAUGCUAGAAGAGGCUGUGGAAUAUGUGAAGAAUCUGCAAAGGCAAAUACAGGAUCUUACAGAGCAGCAGAAGAAAUGCAAAUGUGUUGCCAAAAGCUGACUUUGAAAGAAGAUUGUUGAGCAGCUUCGUUUUUGUUAGUGUACACUAAGUUAUGAUGUCCCACCAAGGUUGCUGAUGCUAUUAUUCAUUGGUGCUCUACAUAUUUGCAAGAAAUUAAGCUCGGUGCACAGGAUUUUCCAUGUUGCAUUGUGAAACAUGUAGGAUUUGCUCAAGGAAACCGAGCCUCAUAACGAGUGUCGAAUUUCAUUGGCGAAGCCCCCCACAGUUUUUAUGGUGGAGACCCUGCUCAUGUUGUAUAAUUUGCUUGGUGAGGUUGUACUUGUUAGUAUGUUGUACACAAAGAUUCUAGCUUAGUAUUGUAGGAGCUUCAGAGAUUAUUUAAGUUUGGGGUUUUUGUCACUGUAAUGUUUGUACUGCACAUAUUUAGAAGGCGCCCAAAAUGAUUAGAUAGAAACAUUGUAAAACAUUGUCAUGAAUCGUUCGGUUAUUAUGUACCUGCAGAUAAUCUAAUAAUCUUUUGGCUUAUCAAGGCCAAUGUAAUUUACUAAAUGAUUGGUAAAGUUGUUUGAA